UCCGCUUGUAGCAUCCGAAGAGACCGAGCUUGACUGACCAUUCAGGAAAACUGCUUCCUGGCUUUUAUACAAUCUGCAGUUUAGCUCUGCAUACCUUCAAAUCUCUCCAAGCUUCACGAUAUUCCCUCUGUCUGCACAGCUUCAUUCGACAUGAGCCAGACAUAUGCCAAUUCGUCGCUGGCUCAAUUCCUCUACGGCUCCGACAUUCCUGCUACCACUCAAGCCUCGCGCUCUCAGCGCACGCAGAUCCGACGCAAUGAUUCACAACCACCAGCACCAUUGGGUUACUUCAACGCAUUCCAAGCCCGCGCGCGGCCUGUCCUCGAUUCUCCACCAACCUACGACAAGUCAGAAAGUAUACAACCUCUCGCUAUUCCUCCUGCAAUCGAGCCUCUACCCGAAUACUCCGUAACCAUACACAUGGAAGGACCAAUCGGGUUGAAGAAUGAGCUGUGCACACCCUUUACACGCUCGAAGAACAGUCUAUGGCAGGACGUCUACGGUGUUCUCUCUGGAACCUCGCUGUCUCUUUACCGCUUGAAGAAGCCUCAGCUAUUUGCAAAAAACCGUAUUAUGAGGCCAGGGAGGUUGAUAAAAUCAUAUACCCUGCAACAUGCCGAGGUUGGAGUGGCAAUGGAUUUCAAGAAGACCCACCCAAUCCCAAAGCAUUAUUUGGGUCACCUAAUCCCGCCAGCUGCAAGAGACAAGAUUAGUAAAUCGGAUCCUCAGCUUUUUGAGCCCGUCAGAGAACAUGUGCUUCGAAUACGUCCAGAAGGUGAACAGAUCUUGCUCUGCGCCUCGUCUGCGAAAGAGAUGCUGGAUUGGGUCGAGGCCAUUUGCGCAGCCAUGGACAUCGCGCCUCCUCUAGAAGACCGUGCUGAGCCAAGAUACAGAAGUCUUCCGCGCCGCUCACGAAGACAGCGUAUGCUUGAAGCGCAAUUGACAGGGGACAUUGAGCAGUUGACUGAGCUUUCAGCAGGCCGGAGAUUCGUCGAAGAGCAGAGGCGCUUGCUCGAACAACUAUACCCGAAUCUGGCCAAUGCGGAUGCAUCUGAAUCUUCAUCAGCAGACCUGGCAGCUUUACAGUUAACACAAUCAAAUGAUCCGGACGCCGACGAUCUCGACCCAGCAGACGUGCGAGAAGAAGCAUCAACACCGUUUGUUGAAGAGCCCAUCACGCGACGACACUCCCUCCCCACCGAUCUCGCUUCCCACCCUAAUACAUCAACACGUUCGAACUCCAGUACCUCCACCACAAACGCAUCUCACACCAUCCCGACAAUCCAUGAGCAGGAACAAGAUGAGCAGAGCUCAGAGUCACACCCACGUCUCUCUUUGUCCUCCAACAGUUCCACCACACCGUCAACCCAGUCUUGCAGUUCCAAACCUACUGCCAGAAGUACACCUUCGGCAGCUCAUAUUCUCCGCUACCGCAAACGCUGCGCGCCAAUACUCCUCGCCAGCUCUCCGCGCAACUCCGACAUCAUAUUCAAAGACGGCGCGCGCAUGCGCAUCAUACCCGAAGAAAGCACUCUGAUUGCGUACGAGCAACAACCACCAAGAUACGAGAGCCACCAAUUUCCACUGUCCGUAAAACGUAUUUCCGAACCGCCGUCUCCAACUACAGAUGUUCCUAUCGAGCAGGUCCAGAGCAGCACAGAAGGAUCAUCAAUCAGCCCUUCGUCACGACCUCCGCAUCCACCACGCGGCACAUCGUCCUGCUCCACGUCCCGCGACAGUGUUGCGUCGUGCAGCGUGUCCAGCGCAGCAGCCACGCCGAACGUCGAACGCGAAUUGGACUUGACCAUCUCCGCCUCCACGCUCGAGCAGACAAGCACGCACGACACCAUCACUUCUGUCAAGAAGGAUAAGACAGUGCCGAGCGGAACCGGAAAGGGACGCAAGACGCGCUACUUUGGCGGUAUAAGGCUCAAUUUUGCUGAACACAUCUCGUCCGACGGCCAUGUGGCGGAUGUCGGUGUGAGCUAUCCGUAUUCCUGGGGUGGAUAAUUUAAUGAAUGAUAUAAACGGACACUUUUGAGAGAAUUGUUUUUUCUUCCCCGCAGGCCAUCUUGGAGGCCUAUGAAGAAGAAGCAAACAAACAAACAAAUAUACGAAUUGUCGGAUAUUCCCUCGCUGUUUUCCACGACUUCCCUUUUGUCUUUUUGUCUAUAUUCUAAUCUUCAGGAUCCAUUCGGAUUUCGAAAUG